AUGGGCGGAGUCGGGGUUAGCAAACCGGAGGUGGAGGCCAAUUUUCCUGAACAGAAUCCUCCUGACCAAAAACCCCCUGACCAGAGUCCUCCUGAACAGAAUGAACAACUCCCGACAGAUGGUGAUGAUGACCCGACAAGGAUUCGCCGCGACCUCCCACGGGAGAUCUUCACCGCGGCAUGGAAGUUGGCUGAAGGAGCCGAAGGACCCAACCUGCCGCACCAUAACACGGUUUUUCGGGAGGUGCUCGUAUACUAUAUCCACAAAAAGAACUACAAAAAAGGCAUCUUCAAAAAUAUGGUUAGCAGUGACGCGAAGAAGGUGGACCUCUUCAAAGUUCUCCCAAUAUUGAUUGAGUCACCCGAAACUUCGAUGAAAGAAAAGCUCUCAUUCAUACAAUGCCUCAGAUGGAGCUUCGUACACGCUGAGAAAUUAUUCGUGCCAGACAUGGCUGAUGUCUGGGCUCCUAUAGACGACCUCAUUGAUUUGAUGGAAGACGAUAUUUUGGCACAAACCUCUGAAGGCAGGACACAACGCACCAUCCGUACUAAUAGCAUGCUGACAGAGAAAGCAGAAGAGACUCCAGCUGAACCGAAAUGCAAAGGUACGCCAUGGUCUGAAAUAUUGGCGGGGAUAUACCUCUCAGCACGAAAUGAUCCAGCCCGUGACUACAACCCGCCUCCAAUGGUUCAAAUAAUUGGUCAAGACGACGCGGUCAGGGCAACCAUCGUGUUCAGAACGGACGGGUCUGCAGAAUUUACGAAAGGGGGGACCCAUGGACUUCCGCCAGGUGCCCCUGAAAGUUAUAUUGAAAAGUGGCGGACUGAGAAGCUGAAAUUUGGGAGGAUGCAAAUGGACGGAACGUGGGGUGAGUGGGGAAGUUUUCCUGAGAUUGAUUGUAGCCGGGAGCGUCGUCCAAAGACAAAGGACCUAGGCGAUGAAGUUUCCUGA